GAAAACGGUCGAAGCAAGCUUACUCUAAGUACAGAAAUUAGGCACUCAUGCAGUUCUCUGCUACUUACUUUACUUCGUCUUAUGAUGGUGUUAUAACUGCGAUUGAAACGUUAUCAGAAGACAAAUUAACUUUAGCUUUUGUGAAAAAUCGAUUGCUUGAUCAUGAAACAAAAAUAAGAAAUGCUGAUAGAGAUACGAGUGUAAAAGUGCUACAAGCCGUAGGAAAAUUUUCACAAAACGUUAACAAAGUUACACCAUACAAUAUUAAAAAUAAAUACAAUCAGAAAUAUUUCAAAAGCAGUUUUAAAAAGAAGUUAAAGUGCCACCAUUGUGGAACAAUAGGUCACAUAAAAAAGACUGCUACACGUAUAAAAAAAGUAUAAAUAAACAAGGUUCGGAAGUAGUUCAAAUUACAACUACGCAGCAGGACAGGGGAUUCGCGUUCAUGAUAGGUGGUGACGGUGUAGCAAGACGUAAAGAUAACACCGUCUCAUUUAUCUUAGAUUCUGGUACUUCUGACCACGUGAUAAUCGAUGACAGCAUGUUUACUGAGUAUAUUGAGUUAGAUCCGCCAGUGGAAAUCGCAGUCGCAAAGUGUGAGAAUUUAUUGUUUUGCCGUGAUAUUCCGGAAAACUUACUUUCUGUAAGAAAGAUGCAAAACUCUGGGAUGACCAUCAAAUUUAAUACGGAAGGUGUCAAAGUUUCUAAAAAUGGUGAAGUAAUUCUUGAAAACAAAGAUAUGAAUAACUAUUCAAGACCGACAAGCAUUUCAGACGCCGCGUUGUUACAACGCCUCGAUAGUUUAAGCAGUAAUAGUGAGCUAUCAUCACCAACAUACCAGACGGGCUUGGGACAAAACACUGUGGCGUAUGCACCGUCGCCAACGAAAGAAAACUCCUCGACAAGACCAUCCUCAACAAUCAAUAUUUCCCAAUAUAAGAACAAUAAUAAUAUCGUAUCUCUGACAGUUAAUGGUUAUUUAAAUGGGAGCGAAAAUACCUCAAGUGCGCCAGUAAAUUCAACAAAAAUGGAUACUAAUAAAAAUGGAGUCCGCAUAAUAUUUUGUCGCAUUUUUUCAGACCUUCUCAUUCUGGGAUGUGUUGGGUUACCAGUAUUGGCAUUCCAUCUUUGGGGCACUUCUUAUAAACGCGGUUUUUUCUGCGACGAUAAGUCUUUGAAACACCCAUACAAUAAAAACACUGUGGACAAUUGGAUGCUAUUUCUGAUGUGUUUCAUAAUUCCUAUCUCAAUUAUCACCACAGUCGAGUUUUUUAUUUCCCACUACAUUAGAACUCGUGGCCUCUGUAAUAUGACCUGCGAGCGUUACUACAUUUGGCGAUUGGAAAUUGCUGACUGGAUUGUGGAAAGUUACAAAAAAAUUGGACUUUUAAUUUUCGGUUCCGGAGUGGGUCAAUUGACUAUGGAUAUUGCCAAGUAUUCAAUCGGUCGUUUGCGGCCACAUUUCUUUGCGGUGUGUGAACCUGUCAUGAUCGAUGGUAGUACGUGCAACGACCCUGUGAAUGCUGAUCGUUAUAUUGAGGAGUACAGGUGCACAGCUGCAUACGCUACGCCGCGUAUGCUGAAGCAAAUGAGCCUAUCCUUCCCCAGCGGUCAUGCGAGUUUUGCCUGCUUAGCUAUGGUAUACGUAACGAUUUACUUAGAGAAACGUAUGACUUGGGAACGCUGCAAAAUGGUGAAACACUUCAUUCAAUUUUUACUCAUCAUGUUCGCUUGGUACACGGGCUUAACACGUAUUUCCGACUAUCAACAUCAUACAACGGAUGUACUUGCCGGGUCUGCAAUUGGAGCGCUGUACGCUAUUGUCUUGACACGAUCAAUGUGGUGACCACAGGUUCAAGUUCUCUUAUCCGAUGGAGCCACCGCCGUAGCCUAUGGAACUAGAAAUUCCUAAUAUUUACCAAAUAUUUUACUAAAUAUUUUUUUUCUUAUAAGGACAUCUCUUUAUUCGAAUUUUCUUUUUCAAUUAUCAAUACUUUAUAUAUGUAUAUAUGUCAGCUUGUGGGAAGGAACUCCGAAUUAAUAAAGAUAAUAAACAAAUUA